ACCGAGCCGCCAGUGCUGCCGCCGCCGCCAUGAGCUGCUCGCCCGUGAACGUGAAGAAGCUGAAGGUGUCGGAGCUGAAGGAGGAGCUGAAAAAGCGGCGCCUUUCCGACAAGGGCCUCAAGGCUGAGCUCAUGGAGCGGCUCCAGGCCGCGCUAGACCAGGAGGAGGCCGGCGGGGGCGGCCCUGCCAGCGGCGCGGCCGAGCCCGGCAACGGCAGCGUGGAGGGGGAGGCGGCCGAGAGCGGCGGGGGCGCCGCGCAGCUCCGCCAGGGGGGAGGCCCCGGCCAGGCCGCGGCCUCCGCCAUGGAGGACGACGACGAGGAAGGGCUGGAGGCCGCCGAUGGCGACGCCAUGGAGCUGGGCGAGGAGAACGGCGAGCGGGCAGGGGCCGGGGGCGGCCCCAUGGAGGAGGAGGCGGGCGGCGAGGAGGAGGAAGAGGAGGAGGAGGAGGAUGAGAACGGCGACGACCAGGGUUUCCAAGAGGGGGAGGACGAGUUGGCCGACGAGGAGGAGACCGCGGCCGGGGACGCCAACGGCCACGGUGACCAGCAGCCGCCGCAGCCCCAGCAGCCGCAGCAGCCCCCGCCACUCCUCCCGCCGCGCAGCGCCGCCGCUGCCAAGGAGGCUCCCGGCAAGAGCGCCGGGGGCGCCUCGGGGCCCGCCGCUGCCUCCGGCCCGGCGGGCCCCGCCAAGCAACAGCAGCAGCAGAAGAAAGCGGAAGGCGGCGGCGGAGGCGGCCGCCCCGGGGCGCAGAGCGCCGGGGGAGAUGGUAAAACGGAACAAAAGCCUGGUGAGAAGAAGAGGGGAGUGAAGAGACCACGUGAAGACCAUGGCCGGGGCUACUUUGAAUACAUUGAGGAAAACAAGUAUAGCAGGGCCAAGUCCCCUCAACCACCGGUGGAAGAAGAAGAUGAACAUUUUGAUGACACAGUGGUUUGUCUUGAUACUUAUAACUGUGACCUGCAUUUUAAAAUUUCAAGAGACCGGUUUAGUGCUUCCUCUCUGACCAUGGAAAGCUUUGCUUUCCUCUGGGCUGGAGGGAGAGCCUCCUAUGGAGUUUCUAAAGGCAAAGUCUGCUUUGAGAUGAAGGUUACAGAAAAGAUUCCUGUUAAACACCUGUAUACAAAAGACAUUGAUAUACAUGAAGUGCGAGUUGGCUGGUCACUGAACACAAGUGGAAUGUUGCUUGGUGAAGAAGAAUUUUCUUAUGGGUAUUCUCUAAAAGGAAUAAAGACAUGCAAUUGUGAGACUGAAGACUUUGGUGAGAAGUUUGAUGAAAAUGAUGUGAUUGGAUGUUUUGCUAAUUUUGAUGGUGAUGAAGUGGAGCUCUCAUAUUCCAAGAAUGGACAAGAGCUUGGUGUUGCAUUCAAAAUAAGCAAGGAAGUUCUUGAUGGGCGACCACUCUUUCCACAUGUUCUCUGCCAUAACUGUGCGGUUGAGUUUAACUUUGGUCAGAAGGAGGAACCUUACUUCCCUGUACCUGAAGAGUAUACCUUCAUCCAGAAGGUCCCCCUGGAGGAUAGGGUCCGAGGACCAAAGGGACCUGAGCAAAAGAAAGAUUGUGAAGUGGUGAUGAUGAUUGGCUUGCCUGGAGCUGGCAAGACUACAUGGGUUACCAAACAUGCAGCAGCAAAUCCUGGGAAAUACAACAUUCUUGGGACAAAUACUAUUAUGGACAAAAUGAUGGUUGCAGGUUUUAAGCGUCAGAUGGCAGACACUGGAAAACUUAACACACUGUUGCAGAGAGCUCCACAGUGUCUUGGAAAGUUCAUUGAGAUUGCAGCUCGUAAGAAGCGGAAUUUCAUUUUGGAUCAGACAAAUGUGUCUGCAGCUGCGCAGAGGAGAAAAAUGUGCCUGUUUGCAGGCUUCCAGCGCAAAGCAGUUGUUGUUUGCCCAAAAGAUGAAGACUACAAGCAAAGAACACAAAAGAAGGCAGAGGUGGAGGGAAAAGAUCUUCCAGAGCAUGCAGUUCUCAAAAUGAAAGGGAACUUCACACUGCCAGAGGUAGCAGAAUGUUUUGAUGAAAUAAUCUAUGUAGAGUUGCAAAAAGAAGAAGCUCAGAAGCUUUUGGAACAGUAUAAAGAAGAAAGUAAGAAAGCUCUUCCGCCAGAAAAGAAACAGAACACUGGCUCAAAGAAGAACAAGAAGAGCAAUAAAAAUCAAUUUAAUAGGGGUCAGAGAGGACGUGGAGGAUUCAACAUGCGGGGCAACUUCAGAGGAGGAGUCCCUGGCAAUCGUGGUGGAUACAACAGGAGGGGAGGCAACAUGCCCCAGAGAGGUGGUGGAGGUGGCGGUGGUGGCGGUGGCAGCAGCGGAGCGAUUGGCUACCCGUAUCCUCGUGGCCCUGUCUUUCCAAGCAGAGGUGGCUACUCAAACAGAGGAAACUAUAACAGAGGUGGAAUGCCCAACAGGGGAAACUACAACCAGAACUUCAGAGGAAGGGGAAAUAAUCGUGGCUACAAAAACCAAUCUCAGGGCUACAACCAGUGGCAGCAGGGUCAAUUCUGGGGUCAGAAGCCAUGGAGUCAGCAUUAUCACCAAGGAUAUUAUUGAAUACCCAAAUAAAUGAACUGAUACAUAUUUCUCCAAAACCUUCACAAGAAGUCGACUGUUUUCUUUAGUAGGCUAACUUUUUAAACAUUCCACAAGAGGAAGUGCCUGCGGGUUCCUUUUUUAGAAGCUUUGUGGGUUGAUUUUUUCUUUUCUUUUUUUGUACAUUUUUAAUUGCAGUUUUAAAGUGAUUCGUAAGAGAACCUCAGCAUUGUGCACGAAAAGAGAAUGUGUCAGUAUUUCAGGGUUCUACAUUUUAUCUGUAAAAUGUGACUUUUUUUUUACCACAACAAAAGUAAAACGUUGCUUUGUACCUGGUGUCUUUUUAUUAAAGAAUUUUCUCCUUUUUCCCCAUUCCCCAAUUUCUAAGAAACAGUCGUGAGUCAUGUCACAAUACUAUAGAAAUGUUAGCAACCAGAUUCAUAUGGAGGCAUCUUAGUAGCCCUCAAAUACCAUGAGAUUAUGUAAAGCUCCCUAUUACACUCCAUCCUCUCUAUGAAGCUCUUGGGUGGGGAGGGGAGGAGGGGGAGGCAAAAGUUUCUGGCAAUAACUAGGACUUUUUUGUAACAUUUGGAACUCUUAAGAUGCUGGGGGCAAAGAGGAAACCUGGGGCUAAAUAGUGAUGGUGGAGUGUAUGUAGAAGCUCUUAAAGUUGUAAAACUCGGUUGCUUUAUUUGUGGAGGCUCAAACUUGUGAAGGUACAAACCAUAAUUUUUUUUUCCAUUUGUUCUGCAUUUUGAUUCUGAAAAGAAGCUGGCUUUGCCCAUUUCUUAUUAAACAAAACUUGUUGUAAAUCCAGUUGUCUAAUGGGAUCUAUAUGAAGUUAGCUGUGUGUCUGUAUAACUCUCCUCACAAAAUACUGUAUACCUAGUGUGCUUGUAGUAGUUACUCCACCAUUUUGUAAGCUAAUGAAACUGUGAGUCACCCAUUUUAUAUCUUAAUUUUUAAUCAUGUCAAUUCUCAAAUGGGUGUAUCUCCUUAGCCUGCUGAUUCCUUUUCUCUUUAAAGAAAGUGGGUGGAGAAGUUUAACUCUAGACGUUUGUUUGCAAUAAAAUAAAUUCAUUUUACUCUUGUU